CAGCAGCAGCAGACGAGCCGCACAGACCCGUUCACCUCCUCAUCUCCUCUCUUCUCCUCUCUCAGCGGGACAUCACACACCGUCCGGGAUCAUGUUGUUUCUUCACGAGUUAUUAUCGGCUUACUGGAUCGCAGCUGAGUGAAAGAGAAAGUCCACACUGGAUUUGAACCUACGCACUUGUCUUCACCACCGUGGAUGAAAUCUUUGCAUACUUGAUGCGGAUUUUCUUCUUUCCUCUUCUUCUUUUUCUUCUUCUUCUUCUCACAUAUUUCGGAUUAAUCCUCUAAACACGGAGAUAUGUUGGUGUUAUUUGUGAUCAGUCUGGCCGUGGUGUCACAUGCAGGUGUGUCGAUGGACGUGUCUCGUGCAGGUGUGGCCCCUCGCUGUGAGAGCCGCGCCUGCAACCCCCGCAUGGGUAACUUAGCUCUGGGGCGCCGGGUCCUGACGCAGACCGUCUGCGGCAACAACGGCACCGAGCUCUACUGUUCCUACGCUGACCCCAACGCCAACCUGGCCUGCAGCGCCGCCAAGUGCGCCAAAUGUAACGCUGGCCUGCCUCUCCUGUCCCACCUGGCCGGGGCCAUGUCCGACUCCUCCUUCCGCCACCCCAACACCUGGUGGCAGUCGGCAGAGGGGGUGGAGUCUGAGACGGUGCAGCUGGACCUGGAGGCGGAGUUCUACUUCACGCAUCUCAUCAUAGUGUUUCGCUCGCCGAGGCCUGCCGCCAUGACCCUGGAGCGGUCCCAGGACUUUGGGAGGACGUGGAAGAUGCUGCAGUACUACGCCAGCAACUGCAGCACCGCCUUCGGGAUGGAGGAGGGGAAAGCGGGCAUGGGACGGGACGGCGCCACCUGUACCUCCAAAUACUCCGGGGCUUAUCCCUGCAACCGUGGAGAGGUGAUCUACCGCACCCUUCCUAAGUGGGAGUCCCUGGAUCCGUUCGGGGUGGAGGGCCAGCAGCAGCUGAGGGUGACCAAUGUCCGAAUCCGACUGCUGAAGCGUCAGUUGUGUCCUUGCCAGGCCAAAGACCUCUCUGCCGCACUUGAAGCUCUCCCCACGCAGCACUUUGCCAUCUACGACCUGAUAGUGAAGGGAAGCUGCUUCUGUAACGGACACGCCGAGCAGUGUGUUCCCGCACCGGGGUACCAGCCCAUCAGAGACCGCACCAACCAUGUGGUCCAUGGGAAGUGUGUGUGCAGACAUAACACUGCAGGUGAUCACUGCGAGCUCUGCUCUCCUCUGUACAACGACCGACCCUGGCAGCCCGCUGACGGACUGACGGGCGCGCCGCACGAAUGUCGGAAGUGUAAGUGUAACGGACAUGCUCAGAGCUGCCAUUUUGAUUGGACGGCGUGGCGCGAGUCUGGCCAGCGUAGCGGAGGAGUCUGUGACUGUCUGCACAACACUGAAGGACGUCAGUGUCAGAAAUGCAAAGCCGGCUUCUACAGAGACCCCCAGAGACCACAAACUGCACCCGACUCAUGCAAACCAUGCAGCUGUCACCCCCUGGGCUCCAUGCCCUUCCACUUGGCUGAUGGCUCACUCUGCGACCCCUCCAACGGAAACUGCAUCUGUAAACCUGGAGUAGGUGGAGCCCACUGCGACAGGUGCAUGGUGGGAUACUGGGGCUUCCACGACUAUGGCUGCCGUCCAUGUGACUGUGCAGGAGACUGUGAUCCGUUUACUGGAGACUGUAUGUUUGGCUCUGAUCUGGACCUGUACAACUUAGAGGGAAACUCCAGCGAGCCGGUGAGGAUCUUCAGAGUAGACGAACUCUUCUCUGCCCUCCAUUACUCAGAGAAGUGUGAGUGCAAAGAGCAAGCCCUGACCAACAGCAAACUCUUCUGCACCAUGAAUUAUGCAUACGUCCUUAAGGUGAAAGUGCUGUCAGCCCACGAUAAGGGCUCCCACGCCGAGGUGGAGGUCAAAGUUCAGAAGGUGCUCAGCCAGAACACCAAGGUGAAGAUACAGCGGGGUCGAGUCACCCUUUACCCAGAGUCCUGGACCGCACGGGGCUGCACCUGCCCCAUCCUCAACCCAGGGGUGGAGUAUCUUGUGGCUGGCCACUCGGACCGUAAGCAGGGCCGCCUCCUGGUCAACAUGAAGAGCUUCGUCAAGCCGUGGAAAGCCAGCUUGGGGCGCAAAGUCCUCAUGCUACUCAAGAAAGACUGCAACUGGUAGACGGACCGUUGAAAACACUGGAGGACAGGCGAACACGUGGACAGCAAUGCCGUGAAUUUUCUUGUCCUCCGGUUGUGGAAUAUUGAAUCACACAGGUCUGGGAGCUGGUUUUUGGGGGCUGAACUGAGACGACUGAACCCCCCCUUUAUCUCUCUGCUGUUGUCCAAUGAGGGCUAGUGGCGGACUGCACCAGCUAAAAGCACAUGGGACAUUAUUUUAUUAAGACAUAUCUGUCUCGCACAUUCCUAUGUAGGACUUCUUUUGCUGUUGCGGCUCAAGAAAUUGAGGAAUUCAGCGCUUUGGCCAAGUGCUUUCUACUUUGAGUGAAUCCCUCUGGACAAACAUUAAAACGUACAAACAAAAAUCUGUUUCUCUCUGCAGCACUUUAGCCUAAGAUGGACUGAGGGAAUAUGGACACACCAAGAGAGGAAGAUUUAACACACACACACACACACACACACACACACACUAAAUGACCCCCUGACAUGGACUGUGGAAGGAACAGGUCCAUUACCUAUCACAGUGGGCACACACACUCCUUCACACAGGCAGCAGUGUGUGUUUGUGUGCUGCUGACAUAAUGUGCAAAGCACCCAGAGUGACGCUGAACAAGCCAUACAAGCCACUACAGGUGGUUAAAUCUUAGCCAGUCCAGGUGUGCCUGUGUUGAAAUCAGAGUGAAUGGGAUUUACCCAGAACGUGAAUGUAUUUGCCUGUUUUGCAAGCAUGUGUGUGUGUGUGAGACGGAGAGAGAGAGAGUGUUUGAAUGCAGAGGUAUAUUACGAGCACAGUCCAGAUUCAGUCCAGCUCUUAAGCUUUUCUGUAGGUUUGUGUACACUUUUCAAAAAAAACAACCGUUCCAAUGUUUUAUGAUACAGCGUCAUGUAUACUGAUUCAUCUCAUAUUACACUAAAUCCAGAAAAUCUUUUGUUAUUCCUUCCUUUGUGCUCUUGUACAGUAUUAUUUGUAUAUAUCUAUAUAAAUAUUAUGUUCAUCUUUCUCCCUCUGUUUAAUUGUUUUUGUAUGUGGUAAUAUUAAAGGAUAAUUACAA